GCUGGGCCGCCGGGCUGUGCAGCUGGGAGUCGUCGGCAGCGCGGAACUUCGGCGCACGAGGAGCCAAGGAGCGACCUGCGUUGCCGGGAGAGGGAGGGGGAAGGAAGGUCGCGUAGCGGGGCGACACGUCGCUGCGGAGGGAUCCUGUUUCUGUUGGCGGAGGGAUUUGGUCGCACGCUGACUUCCGGUGAGCCCCGAUCCGAGAGGAAAAGCCCCGAAGGAAACAAUAACAAACGCAGGAGGAAGCGGUUUUGGGGUUCGUGUGUUGAGCGGAUCUCGCCCGAGAAGAUGAGCUUCGGCCCCUGUCAGGGGACGUGAGCGCAAUCGCCGGGCCCCAGCCAGCGUUUCUCCCCGUGGGCCCCCGGUGCCACCAUGGCGGCCGUGGGGCCGGGGGGCUACGCGGCGGAGUUCGUGCCGCCUCCGGAGUGCCCGGUCUUUGAGCCCAGCUGGGAGGAGUUCACAGACCCCCUCAGCUUCAUCGGCCGCAUCCGGCCCCUGGCGGAGAAAACCGGCAUCUGCAAAAUCCGACCGCCCAAGGAUUGGCAGCCUCCAUUUGCAUGUGAAGUAAAAAGCUUCCGUUUUACUCCCAGAGUCCAGCGUCUGAAUGAACUUGAGGCAAUGACCAGAGUGAGAUUGGACUUCUUGGAUCAACUAGCAAAAUUUUGGGAGCUUCAGGGGUCUACCCUCAAGAUCCCUGUGGUGGAGAGAAAAAUUCUGGAUCUCUAUGCUUUAAGCAAGAUUGUUGCCAGCAAAGGUGGUUUUGAAAUGGUCACCAAAGAGAAGAAAUGGUCUAAAGUGGGUAGCCGCUUGGGAUAUCUGCCAGGAAAAGGAACUGGGUCUCUUUUGAAGUCACAUUAUGAAAGAAUUCUCUACCCAUAUGAGCUUUUCCAGUCUGGUGUCAGCCUUAUGGGUGUACAAAUGCCUAAUUUAGAUCUUAAGGAAAAAGUGGAGCCUGAGGUUCUUGGCACUGAUGUCCAAACUCCCCCAGAGCCGGGCACAAGAGUGAACAUUCUGCCGAAGAGAACAAGGCGUGUCAAGUCUCAGUCAGAAUCUGGAGAAGUGAAUAGAAACACGGAACUGAAGAAACUUCGGAUUUUUGGGGCUGGGCCUAAGGUUGUGGGCUUGGCAAUGGGAGUAAAAGAUAAAGAAGAUGAGGUCUCCCGAAGACGAAAAGUUACCAACAGGUCAGACGCAUUUAACAUGCAAAUGAGACAACGGAAAGGAACUCUCUCUGUUAACUUUGUUGAUCUUUACGUUUGUAUGUUUUGUGGUCGGGGAAAUAAUGAAGAUAAAUUGCUGUUGUGUGAUGGAUGUGAUGACAGCUAUCAUACAUUUUGUUUAAUUCCCCCACUACCUGAUGUGCCCAAAGGAGACUGGAGGUGCCCUAAAUGUGUCGCUGAGGAAUGUAAUAAACCUAGAGAAGCCUUUGGAUUUGAACAAGCUGUACGAGAGUAUACACUUCAGAGCUUUGGAGAGAUGGCAGAUAAUUUUAAGUCUGACUAUUUCAAUAUGCCAGUUCAUAUGGUUCCCACAGAACUAGUGGAGAAGGAAUUCUGGCGGCUGGUGAGCAGCAUUGAAGAAGAUGUUAUCGUAGAGUAUGGAGCUGACAUCUCCUCAAAAGACUUUGGAAGUGGAUUUCCUGUAAAGGAUGGUCGGAGAAAGAUGCUGCCAGAAGAAGAGGAAUAUGCGCUUUCUGGUUGGAACUUGAAUAACAUGCCUGUUCUGGAGCAGUCUGUUCUUGCACAUAUCAACGUGGACAUCUCUGGCAUGAAGGUGCCAUGGCUCUAUGUGGGAAUGUGCUUCUCUUCCUUUUGCUGGCACAUCGAAGAUCACUGGAGCUAUUCCAUCAACUACUUGCACUGGGGGGAGCCAAAGACAUGGUAUGGUGUGCCAUCUCAUGCUGCAGAACAACUGGAGGAGGUGAUGAGGGAGCUGGCCCCUGAGUUAUUUGAAUCCCAGCCUGAUCUCCUACAUCAGUUAGUCACCAUCAUGAACCCCAAUGUGCUAAUGGAGCAUGGUGUGCCUGUGUAUAGGACGAAUCAGUGUGCUGGCGAGUUUGUUGUGACGUUUCCUCGGGCCUAUCACUCUGGAUUUAAUCAAGGCUACAACUUCGCUGAGGCUGUGAACUUCUGUACUGCUGACUGGUUGCCCAUUGGCCGUCAGUGUGUCAGUCAUUACCGUCGGCUGAGGCGCCAUUGUGUCUUCUCACACGAGGAACUAAUUUUCAAGAUGGCAGCAGAUCCGGAAUGCUUGGACGUGGGGCUUGCCGCCAUGGUGUGCAAGGAGUUGACUCUCCUGACUGAAGAGGAGACACGGUUGAGGGAGUCUGUUAUGCAGAUGGGCGUCCUGAUGUCGGAAGAAGAAGUGUUUGAACUUGUUCCCGAUGAUGAGCGACAGUGUUCAGCAUGCAGAACCACCUGUUUUCUCUCUGCUCUCACGUGUUCCUGUAAUCCUGAGCGGCUUGUGUGUCUCUACCAUCCAACUGAUCUGUGCCCCUGCCCCAUGCAGAAAAAAUGUCUUAGAUAUCGCUACCCAUUAGAGGACCUCCCUUCUCUGCUGUAUGGUGUGAAAGUCAGGGCACAGUCGUAUGACACUUGGGUCAGUCGUGUUACAGAAGCAUUAGCUGCCAACUUCAACCACAAGAAAGAUUUGAUUGAAUUACGAGUAAUGCUGGAAGAUGCUGAGGAUAGGAAAUAUCCAGAAAAUGAUCUCUUUCGAAAACUCAGGGAUGCUGUAAAAGAAGCUGAGACCUGUGCUUCUGUGGCUCAGCUGCUUCUGAGCAAAAAGCAGAAGCACAGGCAGAGCCCAGAUAGUGGGAGGACUCGGACCAAACUGACAGUGGAAGAGUUGAAGGCCUUUGUCCAACAGCUUUUUAGUCUUCCAUGUGUCAUCAGCCAAGCUCGACAAGUAAAGAAUCUACUGGAUGAUGUGGAAGAGUUUCAUGAACGUGCUCAGGAGGCCAUGAUGGAUGAAACCCCAGAUUCUUCCAAACUGCAGAUGUUGAUAGAUAUGGGCUCUGGUCUCUACGUGGAGCUACCUGAAUUAGCCCGACUAAAGCAAGAGCUACAGCAGGCUCGAUGGUUGGACGAAGUACGACUGACCCUGUCAGAUCCACAACAGGUCACUUUGGAUGUCAUGAAGAAAUUGAUAGACUCUGGGGUGGGGUUGGCGCCCCACCAUGCGGUGGAGAAAGCGAUGGCUGAGCUUCAGGAGCUCCUCACGGUCUCUGAGCGAUGGGAGGAAAAGGCCAAGGUCUGCCUGCAGGCAAGACCACGGCACAGUGUGGCAAGUUUAGAAAGCAUCGUGAAUGAAGCUAAGAAUAUUCCAGCCUUUCUACCCAAUGUGUUGUCCCUGAAAGAAGCCUUACAAAAGGCUCGAGAAUGGACAACUAAAGUGGAAGCUAUUCAGAGUGGCAGCAAUUAUGCUUACUUGGAGCAGCUGGAAAGCUUAUCUGCCAAAGGCCGCCCUCUCCCUGUGCGUCUUGAUGCGUUGCCCCAGGUGGAGUCACAAGUGGCGGCAGCACGGGCCUGGAGAGAACGGACUGGGAGGACCUUUCUUAAGAAGAAUUCCAGCCACACGUUGCUCCAGGUGCUUAGUCCCCGAACUGACAUUGGUAUUUAUGGGAGUGGAAAAAAUAGAAGGAAAAAAGUAAAAGAACUAAUAGAAAAAGAAAAAGAAAAGGAUCUGGACCUUGAACCUCUGAGUGAUCUGGAGGAGGGAUUGGAGGAAACCAGAGAUACAGCCACAGUGGUGGCAGUUUUCAAAGAACGGGAGCAAAAAGAGAUUGAAGCCAUGCAUUCCCUCAGAGCAGCCAACCUAGCCAAGAUGUCAAUGGUAGACCGCAUAGAAGAAGUAAAAUUUUGCAUUUGCCGCAAGACAGCGAGUGGGUUUAUGCUCCAGUGUGAGCUCUGCAAAGACUGGUUUCAUAACAGCUGUGUUCCUCUUCCUAAGUCAAGUUCCCAGAAGAAAGGGUCUAGCUGGCAGGCUAAAGAAGUAAAGUUCCUUUGCCCUCUCUGUAUGCGGUCUCGAAGACCUAGGCUAGAGACCAUUCUGUCCCUCCUGGUAUCCCUUCAGAAGUUGCCUGUACGGCUGCCUGAAGGAGAGGCCCUUCAGUGUUUGACAGAACGUGCAAUGAGUUGGCAGGACAGGGCCCGGCAAGCCCUGGCCACAGAUGAGCUGUCCUCUGCCCUGGCCAAGCUCUCUGUGUUGAGCCAGAGGAUGGUGGAGCAGGCAGCUCGGGAGAAAACUGAAAAGAUCAUCAGCGCAGAGCUCCAGAAAGCCGCUGCCAAUCCAGACUUACAGGGACACUUGCCUAGUUUCCAGCAGUCUGCUUUUAACCGGGUGGUGAGCAGUGUAUCUUCUUCCCCUCGGCAAACGGUGGACUAUGAUGAUGAAGAGACGGAUUCUGAUGAAGACAUUCGGGAGACAUAUGGCUGUGACACGAAGGACACAGCCAGUGUGAAAUCCUCCAGCAGUCUGGAGCCCAGCCUAUUUUGUGAUGAAGAGAUUCCCAUCAAGUCCGAGGAGGUGGUCACGCACAUGUGGACGGCACCCUCCUUCUGUGCUGAGCAUGCUUAUUCGUCUGCUUCUAAGAGCUGUUCUCAAGGUUCUAGCACCACAAGGAAACAACCUCGGAAGAGCCCUCUGGUGCCCCGUAGUUUGGAGCCUCCGGUGCUAGAGUUAUCGCCUGGAGCUAAAGCCCAGCUGGAAGAACUUAUGAUGAUUGGAGAUCUCCUGGAGGUGUCUCUGGAUGAGACUCAACACAUAUGGCGGAUUCUGCAGGCCACACACCCACCCUCUGAAGACAGAUUCCUGCACAUCAUGGAGGAUGACAGCAUGGAAGAGAAACCAUUAAAAAUAAAAGGAAAGGACUCUUCAGAGAAGAAACGGAAACGGAAGCUAGAAAAAGAACAGCUUUUUGGCGAAGGAAAACAGAAGUCCAAGGAGCUAAAGAAAAUGGAUAAACCUAAAAAGAAGAAAUUAAAAUUAAGUGCGGAAAAAUCAAAAGAGCUGAACAAACUGGCCAAGAAACUAGCAAAAGAAGAAGAGAGGAAGAAAAAGAAGGAGAAGGCUGCUGCAGCCAAAGUUGAACUUGUGAAGGAGAGCUCGGAGAAGAAGAGAGAGAAGAAGGUGCUGGACAUCCCCUCCAAAUAUGACUGGUCAGGAGCAGAGGAGUCUGACGACGAGAACGCUGUGUGUGCCGCCCAGAACUGCCAGAGGCCCUGCAAGGACAAGGUAGACUGGGUGCAAUGUGAUGGUGGCUGUGAUGAAUGGUUUCACCAAGUUUGUGUGGGUGUAUCUCCAGAAAUGGCUGAAAAUGAAGAUUACAUCUGUACAAACUGUGCAAAGAAGCAGGGGCCAGAUAGCCCAGGUCCAGCAGCACCUCCUUCUUUCAUAAUGAGCUACAAGCUACCAGUGGAGGACCUUAAAGAGACCAGUUAGCAGGUGCUGGGUUAGCUUGGGACAUGGGGGAAAACGGACCACACAGAGACCGUAGUCAGUAGAGUGGUUUACAUCCACUCAGAAUGUUGCUUCCAAAGACGAAUGGCCUUCUGAGCAAGUCCUCCCAGCCGACUUCCUCUUUGCAUGGACGUGGGAUCUGCGUUCUCUGUCAGCACAUCUGUGCCGAGGGUGUCUGCUUUGGUCCAGCAGCCAGUGUUUCAGUUCGUGUCUCCUCUGAGAUUGCUUGUCACAUUAAGGCCAGAUAUUUGAGCGCUAGGGUGGCUGGUUGGCAUUAAUGCGUUGGUGUGCUGGCAGGGCAUGUAGGCCGCGGCUUCUGGCCAGUUGGUACUAGUUAGAGGUUUGCAGCCAGCGCCACCCAGAGGUGCUGAUCCCUUGGAUCUCCUUAGUUAGGCCAGUGGGGGAGGAGUAGAGUAGCAGUUUCCUUCCACUCUGCCCUGGCAUUUGACGCCCUACACAUCCAGCUAGGAGAGGGCCAGGGCUGAAGUUAGUCCUGUUAGAGGCCAUGGGUGGUGGCACAGCCCGUAGACCUCAGCUCCGUCUGCUUGUCUGUACCAAGAAGAAAACCCCAGUUGAGAGGCAGAUCACCUCAUCUUCCUAAGGAGGAGGAUGGCAUCUAGUUCAGAAGUCUGACUAGAUUGGAUUCUGGGAAGAAGAGAUUUUAUUUCAAGGCAAGGAGCCUUUUUUUGGCUUUGAGAAGUCUUGCUGCCUUGGGUCUGCAUUUUAAAGAAGAGCAGGUACGUGGAUCCAGGCUUCUGCGGUAGCAAAGAAGACAAGUCAGAACGUUUUACUGAGCCACAGCGGUGCCUGCUUUUCGGGGAACCCUUCAUUCACAAGUGCACCAGGUGCCACCAGGCUUCAGGCAUGGCCCCGAGCAAGACCAGCAAAUAACAACUCUUGCCUUGCAGCCCGGCCCCCACUGGCUGUGGUUUCCAGGACUGGCCGUUUCUGACCGUGGCCCGCGGCAGAUGCUGUCGCACAGCACGUGGCUUCAUCAGAGGACGUGGGCUUAGAGUACAUCUGGGUGACAAAGUUGUUUUAGUAAAUCCAUUUUUUAAAAAAAGAAAAAAGGACUUGUUUUUACUUUUUUCUAAAUGUCUCUGACUACUGACUGUUCUAUAAAUAGAUUAUUUUUCCUUUUUUAAUAUACAUAUAUGAAUAUAUAUAUAUAUAUAUACACACACACACACACACACACACACACUGUUACCAGCAGCUUAUGACAGAGUUUCAGCAUCAAAAAUCCAUUUGGGGGCUUGCUUUCUCGUCUUGCUUUUUAAUAAAGGAAUCCCAUUCCUUCCUUGUAGUACAAGGAGUUAGCACUUCCUUCUCCAUCCUAGCCUGACCAGAUCUUCCAUCUUGGUUUUGUUCAAAUAGGUAAUUAUAUUUCGUUUGUGUGUUGGGACUUGUCCCUUUCUGUGGGGAAACCUGGUCAUACUGUAUCUGUGAUGGUAGUUCUGUUUUGUACGUGAAAGUUUGGAACUACGGUGCUGUGUUCUCCUCCCUCCUGUUGUGUUCUGUGUUCUUGUGAAGGUGUUAGGUAAGCUGUAUGGAAACUCUUACUAGAAGGGGACUAAUUUUUUUUGGGGGGGGACAAAAACCCCCAAAAACCCACCAAACAAACUAAAAAUGGUGUUUUGUCUUCACUAUCCUGUGUCCCUUUAUUUUGGUUUAAAGAUCUGUGGUUUGACUUAAAUUCAUCAGUUUUCCUUUUAAAAGGGGGGAGCAGGGUGGGCCCAGAGAGCAGCUUUUAGUCUUGUCUUCCCUUUGUGCCCCGAUCUCUUUUAAAGAAAUGUCUUCUAGUAACUAGAAGUGAAAUGUACUGUCCAGUCACAGUUUGCGUGGGUAUGAGAUUUAACUCAAAAGGCAUCUUACUAAAAAAAGCAAAACCUUUCCUAUAAAAUCUAGUUUCUGGAAAUGCUUUCUCUACGGUUCUACUACCUAUUUUUUAGUCAUUUCUUCCUUAAUAUCAUAUAACGUUUUGAGUGUCUUGACCUGUUAAGAGGUUCAUAAGUGUUGGUGUGCAUGGGUCUUAAAAUCUCAUCUCAAGUGUGUGUAUGAUUUAAGAUUUCAAUGGAAAGUACAAGGUAACUAAGUAAUCAGUUUCAUAAGUUAUCAUUUUGCCAGUCUCUCCAUACAUAAAGAUAUUACUACUUAGUUAAGAAUUUCAUCUGGUUGAUAUUAUAGAAGAAAGCACAAUGUUUUUUGCCGUUUGGUCUUCUCUGUAAAAGUCUUCAAGUGCUUGUGGGUUAAAAAUUGAAUGCAGUCUUAAGUGAUGGCUGCCCGGAAUACAUUUUAAAAUAUCUUGUUUUUCCUUCAUUCCUCAGCUAUCAGUGGAGGGGCAUGAGGUGCUGAGAAAGACAGCUAAGGUGCUCUGCUGCUUGGAGUGUGGUGGAUGGAUAGAGGGCUGUUUAGGGAAUAAUUUAUGUUCAUAAUAGGUAUUUGCCUGCAUAUUUGACUGAGAGAAAAACGCAAGGCAGUCUCCAACCAUGAAUAGCUCCCUGUUUAUCUUCUCCAACCAUGAAUAGCUCCCUGUUUAUCUUCUGACAUUUUGAAACUCAAAUAUAUCAUUUAAUUGAUACUGUGGGAUUUUCUGUAUUUAUUUGAAAGUCACAGAGGAUUUGGUCUGACUUUUGACCAUUUAGACCAAAGGUUGAGAACAGAUGAGAGACAGUUUAAAAAAAGAAAGAGAAAAGAAAAAUAUAGAAAUGUGUAAUUUUGUAAUUAGUGAACUAAGAUUCAUCUGUUAAAGAAAUGACGAUGUUUUUUCACUUAGAGGAAAGUACUUAUUUUACAAAGUAACUCCAUUCUGCGGUGUUGUAACAUUUCAUAUUAAAACUUGAUUUAAAAUGUUUCUUUACCCUUCCUAUCUCCUCAGAGUCGCAGUUCUGCACCACUCGUUCUUUAACUUAUUCGUUAAUUCUUUCAAAGGUAUUUCUCACCACAUUCAUUAUAAACCAUUUUGGCAAAGGUUAUAGGAAGGAAGAUGAAAACUGGUAGGUCAAGAGUAGGUCCUUGGAACCGCGCAAGUGCAACGACAGCUCUCUUGUGGUCCCUCCAGCCGGGGUUGGCCUCGCUGCCUGUAGUGACCCUGCAGAGAUGUGUGGAGACGCAGGGCCAGGCUCCUUCCCGAGCUGCUGCCUCCCAGCUCUUCCUGACUCACACGUGGGCAUCAUGGAACAACAGCUACUGCAAGUCACGCUUCAGAUAAUUGAAACGGCAGAUGUGAAACCUGGGUCGCCCGCCAUGUACUUGAAUAAUCAAAACCCCAGCGAGGGCUGACCUGUGAGAUGAGAACGAUUUCACCUGUGCUUCACUUCUCUACUUUUGUCUUUGACACGCGUCCAAGAAAUGUCAGUUUGUUUGUUUCUCUUAAUUUUUAGAUUCUGAUGCAAUUCAGUGGGUAUAAGAGAAACUCCCUACUUGGCAAUAUUUUAAUUCUACAGUACAUUUGUGUGAAUAUCAGCCAGUGCUUAAAGUAGGAGGGUGAAACGGAAAACUGAGAAAGCCCUUCUUUCAGAGGGAGGGAUUAUCCACUUUUUAAGGAGAAAGUGGCAAUUUGAAGGGGGAUUUGAAAAUUGUGGGAAAAUUAAGCAAAGACCCACACGUAACCAGGUUCAGUAAAGGUAUACAUAUGAACUAGCUUCAUAUGUGUGUAAAAAGUUGCUUUUGCAGUACGUCCUUAAGUAUAAAUUUUUAAAAGCCGGCAAUUGGUUUGCCUUUCACCUUUUGAAAUCCCACUUUUUUGUUUGCUUUUAAUUAAGGCAUAUCAUUACUUUGGAUGUGGAUGUGCCGUGGCAUUUAGUAUUUACAGCAUGAGAAGGAAAGAAUGGAUAUUAAUAUAUUUUGGAAUUCUAGUCUUCUCUUGGUCUGGAUCGUAUCCAGUCACCACUAUGCAACGAAUGAUGUGCACUGGGAAAGGAUGUGACGGGUUUUUAAAGAUGUGUCCUGCUUAUUCUUACUUUUGCAAUACUCCAAGAUGUCUAAACAGGAAUGUCUUUUGUAAGCCUCAAGACCUAUUGAUUAUUCUCUUACAUGUUUAUUUACCUGUUAGUGAGACACUUAAAUAUAAUAUGGACUCUAAUUUACCAGGGAUUUUGGUGGUGCCUUAUGAAAAGUAUAACUUGAUUUCUUGUUUUCUGAGCAUGUUUUGCAUUUCUUUUGUUUUCUGAAAGAAUGUUAGGUAUAGUUAUUUGCAUUACACCUAAAAAAUUUUUAAAAAUUGUGUGUGUGCUCAGGUCCCCCCUACCCUGUCAUUCACAUUGGUGGCAACUCUAAGUGGUAACCAAGUAAAGGUAGAUUUUGGUAAUUGAUCUGAGAGCCACUUUUAACCUGUUGCAGAACAGUUUCUAACGUGCAUUUGCUCUCUAUAAAACAAAGAACUGGCCUCAAAUAACUUCACCAGUGGUGUGAUUAGCCUGUUACAUUGCUGAGAAUAGUGUUUGCAGAAAGCGUGAAGUAGGAGAAGUGAUUCCUGCAGAUUUCACGUUUCUCUGUUUUCAGCAAGAGUCCAGCGAUGGCCAACAGACAUUUUCCCCACCGUUGAUUUCUUAAGCUGUUUAUCCCUUUGUAGCGAACCAGUGAUAAAAGCAGGAAAGAUGAAGAAAUACUUCCUUUUUCCUUUGGCCUCCUAGUACUUAAAACUAGCUCAAACUGCACCUUACACUUCAGAGAAGUAAAUGGCCCUUUUUGCUCAUUGCCAAGGUUAUCAGGUCAUCCAGGUGAGGGACAGAUCAUUGCUGAAAAUGUUAAGGUUCUGCCUGCAGUGAAAUUGGCCUCAAACAUGAAGUGUUUGAUUGUGUAUAUAUGUGUUAGGGAGGAGAAUUAGUGGGAAGAAGGAGGAAGAAAAAACUGGUUAUCUGAACUUGGAAAGGAAUUUUCUUGCCAACAACAACAAAAAAACCAUGAAAUUUCGUAAGAUUGACAAAUUCUUUUUUUUUUUUUUUUGUGGUACGCGGGCCUCUCACCGCUGUGGCCUCUCCCGCCGCUCCGGACGCGCAGGCUCAGCGGCCAUGGCUCACGGGCCCAGCCGCUCUGCGGCAUGUGGGAUCUUCCCGGACCGGGGCACGAAACCCGUGUCCCCUGCAUCGGCAGGCGGACUCUCAACCACUGCGCCACCAGGGAAGCCCGAUUCUUUUCUUUUUAAAAGUUGUGUGGAAUCCACCCAGCUUAGACCACGUAUUUCUUGGGGCCUUGGCAUUGUGGUUGAUACCAGUACAUUGAAGAUCCAGAAUCUCUUCAUGGGAAGCUCAGCCUUGCAUUGGGAAGUCUCAGAUAACACGACGAGCGAACAGUACAGAAGAACACACUCGGGGACUGUAUGCUGUGACAAUACAAUUUGGAAUUUCUUGACUCUUCUCACCUAUUUGCUCUUUAAAGUGUGUUUCUGCCCUGCUUUUAGUAGGCAGAAAGAUGAUUUAAUGUUUCCAUGUGACGAAGUCCCAUGAAAUUUCUUUACUAGGCAAGGAUUUUCUCUAAGCUCGUCUGUGGAGCCAGGAUGUAUCUUUGUUAAUGCAAAAUAAAGAUGCCACAGACAGCCUUAAAGAUGGUUUGGUGGUUCCAGCUGGUGAACCUUGUAGUAAGGAACUCUGAUGAGUUGCCAGGGACAUAGCGGUGAGCUCAGAAUCUAAUGUAGUUCAAAAACAACACCCCCUCAAAACAAACAAAAACUUCAGAAGCCCAGGUGAGGACUUCAGGGUUACAUAAGAAAGAAUGUUGGAUUUAGGAAUGCACUGAUGUGGGUAUUAGCUCUUUGUAUGACGUUCUGUUGCUUCCCUUUUUGGAAUCUGUUUCCUACCAUGUGUGGGUUAGUUCUUGUGGAUACAAAGACAUUGAAGUUACAGCCCUUCUCCUUGAAGGAGGAUAAGGCAGACGUUUCUAAGGAUGUUUCUUACAAAAACUUUGAUGGAAUUGAGAAGGGAGGAUAGUAGAGAGGUUUUGGACAUGUAGUCCAAAUUCCCAAUCCGUACUCCUGAGGAGGGAACGCGCAGGCUCUACUGAAUAUUCUGUUGUUAGAAAAUGUAAGUCUCGGUCACUAACAUUCAUAUUAGAGCACACCCGUGGUCUCCACUUGGGUCUGAAUUUUGCGGAGUUCACCAGGCACUUUGACGUGUGCCCCAAGACCAGUAUCUUGCUGUGCUAUUCAGUAAGACGAGUGUAUCAGACACUUUCCGACAGACCUAACCGUGCCCCUCCCUCCUCCUGAGUUGGUAGCUACCUGGUCUUAGUGAGAAAUUCGCGCGCCCGCCCCCCCCCAGCCCCCUGCCCGCCAAAGCAUCGGCCCCUGCCCUCCUCAUUCUGGGCCCCUUUCUGCUGAGACCAGUAGGCCGCCCGGGCCCUGGUGGCUUUAGUCUCCUGACUGAACCCUGCCAUCCUUUCUACUUGGCACUAAGCUUUGUGGUCGGUUGUUUCUCCGUCACUCUGGCCCUGCAGGAGCUCGUCCCCGGUCGGUUCCGCCAUCCGAUGUCGUCGCUGCUAAAUACUGCCGAGUACACGCCCUUGAUGGGUAGCUCUACAAACUGACUCAAGGAGGCCGGCUCUCAGAGCAGGGCAGCAGCCCUGAAGGUCCAGCAACCCCUUCCAUUCUUUUUUUUUUUUUUUUUUUGCGGUACGCGGGCCUCUCACUGCUGUGGCCUCUCCCGCUGCAGAGCACAGGCUCCGGACGCGCAGGCUCAGCGGCCGUGGCUCACGGGCCCAGCCGCUCCACGGCAUGUGGGAUCUUCCCAGACCAGGGCUCAAACCCGUGUCCCCUGCAUCGGCAGGCGGACUCCCUAACCCUUCCAUUCUUAAAGACACUUCAGACCUUGGUCUCUUGUCCAGUCCCCAUCCCACCACCUCUCUUCCUUCAGCAGAGGCCUCCCCUGUAACACGGAGGAAACUGAAGCCAGCAGGGGGGCUCGGCAGCCACAUCUGUGUCAGAACAGGUGUCUGUCCUCUGGCCAACACAGACCGUAGGCAAACGGGCGAGCCGUGAGUCCCAUCCCACGUCACCUCCUCAGAGACCUCGCACCCUCCCUCAGCGCAUGAGCUCAGGUCUCUCCCUCUGACGUGCUCCUGACCUUGGCUCCCUCUCCUGCUCUCUUGGUCCUUCCUUUGUAGCCAAGCCCCGUUUGUCCCCACACCUCACUUUAAGAUCCCUCAAUCUACGGUAACCUGGACCCUCCUCUCCACAUCCCACUGAGGCUGCUCUCACGGAGGCCAUAACUGACCACAUGUUGCCAAGUCUAGUGGGCACUCCACUUCGUAUAUGACAUCUGACACUUGUCCACUCCCUUGGUGAGAGACCUCCAUUGGCUUCUUGGCCACUACAUUUUCCUAAUUUUUCUUCUCUGCAGCUGCUCGUUAGUCUUCUUUUCUGUUUACCCUUCGAACAGUGUCAUCAGAGGCUCAUCCUGUAUCUCCUUCUCGGGUGCCCUCGUUCCCUGCCCCCGCCAGCUAACACUUUAAGUCAGCUGUUUCCCAAACCAAAAUCACCUGCCCAGGCUGGCUUGCUCUGCUCUUCAAUCAGCUGGUAAACAUUUCCACUUGUAUUUGUUUUAAUCACUCCAAACUCUUUGUGUCAAAACCUGAACUUACCACCUUCUCACCCCCAAACCAGUUCCUCUCUAUACCCUAACCGAAAGCACAGCUAGGUGCCCAAGCCAGAAUUCUGCAAGCCAUCCUAAGUCCUUGCUGACCGCUCGCUUCCAGUGAGCAACGAGGUGGUCACUAAGUCCUUUAGGUUCACUCCCAUCUUCAUCUCCGUGUCUUCCGUUCCUGUUGUGAUGCAUCACUUCAAGUUCUCACCACUCUUGCCUGUUUUCUCGGACUAGUCUUUAGUCUGGUCGAUCUCCAGUUGAUCUUCCAAAUUUCUACAGAAUAAACCGUCUAAAGAGCUGAUAUGUUCAGUGCGUUGUUCUACGGAAUCUGCUCGUGUUUAUCUUUCUACAUGCAUCUGCUUCCACACACUCUCAGCCGCUGUACUUCCGACACGUGGAUUUUCAUUUCCUAAACACGCCAGGCUUCUGUCUCAUUUUUGAGGUGCGGGCUUAAAUGCCACCUCUUCAGAGGCCCCUGUUCUCUCACAACAGCUUGUUCUGCUCCUUCAUGGGACUUUGCAGCAUGCGACAUGAUUGUUUAUAAAUUCCGUGAGAGCAGGGGCUUUGUUCCCUUUAUCUCCAUACCCAGCACCUAGAACAAUACCCUGUGUAGAAUAAACAUCCAGUAAAUAACUUGAGAGGCUGCUGGUUUGUGCCUGUGUUCCUCGCUGUACCUUCACUCUCGCUCACCCUGUACAUUACUCUGUGCCUUCGUACUUUCUCUUUCUUCAAAGUUCAGCACACCCCAAACCUCUGCUGAGAAGUCUUUUCACAUCACUCCUCUCCUCCCAAUCUGGUUUAGAUGGCCUUUCAUGGAGCUCUGAUAACAUUUAGAUUUACAGCUUCUCCAGGUGUGGUCCCCGGAUCCGUAGCAUCAGCAUCACCUGGGAGUUUGUUAGAAAUGCAGAUUCUUGGACCUUACCCCAGACCUUCCGAGUCAGAAACUCCAGGGGCGGGGCCGACAACCUGCGUUUGAACAAGCCCUCCAGGUGACUGCAGUGCCUGCUGGCAUUGGAGAACCACUCAGUCACUGCAUUUGUAUCUCCAGGAUUAGCACAAUGCCUAGAACAAGAUUAUUGUAAAGAUCUUCCUUGCAGAGAACUGAAAUCCAUCCUCCUGUGGCCUUCCACGGCAAUCCUGAUUCUUUAGAGAAUCUGAAAACUAGUUCAACUGCCCUUGUUUGGUAGCCUUUCAGUGUUUAAGGGUAGCCAUUAUUUCUACUUCCCGACCUUCAUCCUCAAUCUUCCCGUUUAAUAUUCUUUCUCAUGUGCUGUGACUGAGUGCCUUCAAAUUCAAACUCAUUGGAUUUAUCUGAACAAACGCCAACGUACUUCAUACCCACCUUAAGCAUAUAUAUUCAGAGCAUCCUUUUAGCUUUCAAGCUACAGUUCUAAAAGUGGAGCCAUAUGUCUGUAUAGUCACCCCAACACGGUGGCAUUCGCGAUGACCAUGACAAGGUCCCGUUGUAGAGUUGGGGAUGGACAGUGGAAACCAAGGGUGGUCCAAAGCUCUGUAUAUGCUCCAUCUCAGAGAACCCGGCCGUGGUAUCCUGCAAGUCAUUUUGUAAAGUGGUUUCAUAUCACUGCAUUGGUGGUUCUCAGCCGUGGUGGCACACUUGAAUCGUAUGGAGAACUUUUAAAAACCAUUCCUGCCACUCUCGCCCCAGACCAAUUGAAUCACAGUACCUCAGAGUAGAGCCCAAGCAAGAGUAUGUUUUGGACCAGCUUUAUUGAGGUAUAGUACCAUGAAACUGUCUUAUGUACAAGUCAGGGAUUUUCAGUAAAUUUACAGAAUUGUGCAACCGUCACUCCAGUCUAACUUUACAAUGUUUCCCUCACCCCAAAAAGAAACUUCAUGCCCAUUCAUAUCACUCCCUGUUUCCACUCCCCAGCCCCAGGCAGCCACGAAUCUACUUACGUUUCUAUAGAUUUACCUUUUCUAGACCCAAGCAUUAGGAUUUUUAAAAAAGCUUCCAGGUGAUUUUAAAAAUGCAGCCAGGGUUGAGAAUCGCAGCACUAAAUGCAUGAUAAGGAAUCAGUGUUUUUUUCAGAACUGUGUGUAAGGAGGGUAUUUCACACAUUUUCACAUUUUUGUCUCCCUCUUAGCCGGCACAUGUAACCAUUACUAGUAUAAGAUCAUUAACUUGAUAAUGGGAGUUGAUGGGCCAUUCUAUUAUUUUCCCUUUAUACCUUGUAGUAUCAAAUUCAAAAUUGCCUCCCAUGCUCUCCCCAGGCUAUUUAAAAACAUCUCUAGUCUGCUUUUUCUCCUUUGGUUCAUGAAUUAACAGCGACGGAAGUUCUCUUAGAGCAUUCUCCCUGAGAUGAUGAUGUCUCCAAAGAUGAUUGCGAAGUAUCUGUGUCGAUCCCAUGCAUAAAGUUACUUUCCUUUAGGAAUCCUUCACAUUGGUGUUUCUUUAUCAGAUGUUUUGCUGUCUGACUAACUGCCAAAUAUAGAUUUUUUUCUUUGUAAAUACGCUAAUAUUUCUAAAAAUUGGGGGGGAAAUAUAUUUCUUGUUUUUUAAAUAAACAGUACAUGAACAUUUGUUUCAGAAAUAUUAAAAAAAAAGAAGUAAAUGAAAAGUCAUCCUCCACCCAAAAAUGACCACAUUAAGAUUUAAGCAAAGUUACUUUCAGACAGCUCCCUUUGUAUAUUUAGGUAUGCGUAUCUACAGAUAUGUACACCUUUACAUGAAUGUACCGCUUUGUAACUUGCUUCCUUUACUUAAUGUCAACAUUUGUAUAUGACAAUAAAUAUAGAUUUGUAUUGUUUUUAAUGGCUGUAUAGUUUUGCAUUCAAUGGAAUCUUAAUGAUUUUUAAGAGUUAUGUAUAUUGAGGACAUUAUUUCUUUGUCUUGUGUUGCAAAAUUUUGACCACCUUAUUAGUCUUUUAACCUUAUUUAUAUUUUUUCUUUAUAGACGUUAUUAAAUCUCAUGCUGUAAACUUAACCUCUUUAAUUUUAUAAUUCCUAAUUUUCCUGACAUGCUUAGAAUGACUUUCUCUUCUACAAGAUAAUAAAAAUA